AUGGCCAAGAAAGCAAAGUCUCGCACUGUCACCGUCCGGCUGAUCUCCAUGGCCAUGACGGGCUUCUACCGCACAAUGAUCCGGCCCCGCGCGCACCGCCCGCUCUCCAUGCUCAAGUACGACCCCGUCGUGAAGAAGCAGGUGCUAUUCCUCGAGGCGACCAAGGGCGGAAAGGCGAAAUAA